UAUAAUCCCCAGUUUCACCCUCAGUGACACUCACCAGUCAGUAAAGGUUAGGAGCUGCACCUUGAGCUUUCUUUCUUUCUUGUUCAUCUUAUUGCCUUUUCAGGUUCAGGUGAACGUGCCCGACCAUGUCGGACAACGAGGAAGUGGUUGAGGAGUACGAGGAGGUGGAAGAAGAAGAGGAAGAAGAAGAAGAAGAAGAAGAGGCAGUUGAAGGGGAGCAAGAAAUAGAACGGCAGGAGGCUGAGGAAGACGCGAUGCAAGAGGAAGAUAAACCGGCAGAGGAGGGCGAUGAAGAACAAGGUGAAGGGGAGGAAGAGGAAGAAGAGGAGGAGGCCAAACCAAAAUUCAAGCCGUUUCUUAUGCCCAACCUCAUCCCUCCUAAGAUCCCAGAUGGGGAGAGGGUGGAUUUUGACGACAUCCACCGUAAGAGGAUGGAGAAAGACCUGAUGGAGCUCCAGACUUUGAUUGAGGUUCACUUUGAAAGCAGAAAGAAGGAAGAAGAGGAGCUCAUUAGUCUCAAAGAACGAAUUGAGAAGCGCCGCUCUGAGCGCGCGGAGCAGCAUAGGAUACGCAGUGAGCGAGACAAAGAGCGUCAAAAGCGACUUGAGGAAGAGAGGGCUCGUAAAGAAGAGGAAGAGGCAAAGAAACGAGCAGAAGAUGACGCAAAGAAGAAAAAAACCUUGACCAGCCUCCACUUUGGAGGCUACAUGCAGAAGCUGAACGAGAAGCGAAGCGGUAAAAGGCAGACGGAGAGAGAGAAGAAAAAGAAGAUUUUGAGUGAAAGACGUAAAUCUUUGGAUAUCGACAACUUGGGGCAGGAAAAGCUCAAGGAGAAGGCCAAGGAGUUAUGGGAGUGGAUGUAUGAGCUGGAGGCAGAGAAGUUUGACCUGCAGUACCAAUUCACCAGGCAGAAAUAUGAGAUAAAUGUGCUGAGAAACCGUGUGAGCGACCAUCAGAAAACAUCCAAGAGAACAAAGAGAGGCCUUAGGAAAUAGAUGACCUGCUAUCCAGACUAAGCACCUAAACCAAGACCUGGCAUUUUCGCCACACCCAAGUUACACCUUUCACCUCAACGGGACACUUUCUAGUGUAUUGCAUAAUAACAUAUAUUGAGGUUUUUUUUUCUCCGAUUACAUUUUUGGAACAGUGAAUAACGUGUAGGUGUAAAUAAAACCUCAUUUUAAAAACCAGA